CACAAAAGCAAUAACCCACCCACGAAGGUCACCCAUGCGCAACUAUUAACACGUGUUCAGCGCCGUUUCUUCAAUGGAACGAGAACGCGCGGACUCUACAGCUGCCGCAAGCCCCCCAGCUGAGCUGUGCCCGAAGAAGCCGAAGCCAGACGCCAUGACGCCGCCGAACGGAUCGGGGAGCCAGCAGUGUUUCCGCUUCCUCGACCUAUCCGGUGAGAUCCGGAACCACGUCUACGAGGCUGCGGCGGAGUCUUGUGGCAUGGUGCGACUCGGUCACUUUCCUCUCCUAUCCGAAGAUAACUAUCCGAGGCGGCCGCAUCUCGCGCUCGCGCAGGUAUGCCGACAAGUCCGCUCGGAGUACCUGCCAGUCUUCAUGCGCGCCGCGAAGCUGAGUGUUCGCUGGAAACACGUCGCCGCUUUCUUCGACGCCUUCUAUCCGAUGGUGAACGGGAAGAUCACGAACAUAAAAAAUGCACCGAGCACGCUGAAAAUCCUACUCGGCAACCUCCACGAGGACGCCAUGAUCACGGUGGAUGUCCUGCCUAUUUGCCUUACGAAUCUUCUCGCCGACGCAUCUCCGUGUACAUUCGCGCCGGAUCCGCUGGAGGAUUGGGAAAUUGGCAUUGACCAGUACGAUUAUGACGACACGUAUAUGAUGAACUCAGUUAUAGAAAUGAGGAGCGAGCGCCUGAGGGAUGAUAUCUUGAGUGGGAAGAUCCAGGUAAUCUUGUGGGACCUGUACAUCGAAGAGCUUCAGCUGCAGUUCAACCCUCAAUUCGUCCCAGAGGAUCGUGAAACGUAUCCACGGGAGGUGGGGCUCCUCGAUAUUGAAGACCGGAUGGGCUAUAUAUUCCGCGUCCUCUAAUCCGCCCUAAUGACCACUACGAGCAUGCUAUUUUCACAGACCAAGCGAGGAUAACGCCUAGAGGGCCCCUUCCGUGCAGAUCUUCCUAGACUGUCUUUCACCUGAGCGGUAUCAAGAGAUGGCAAGCCAAUAGAUCGAUGCGAUAAAGUGCGAUCGACUGACUGAAGGAUUUCUCG